AUGCAAUUACAAAGCAAAGCCCGUAUUUAUGCAGAUGUAAAUCUCAACAAACCUCGUGAGUAUUGGGACUAUGAAAAUUACACUAUUAAUUGGGGAGACCAGGAUGAUUAUCAAAUUGUACGGAAGCUUGGCCGUGGGAAAUAUAGCGAAGUUUUCCAGGGCAUAAAUGUCACCAACAAUACCAAUUGUGUCAUCAAGGUACUUAAGCCGGUGAAGAAGAAGAAAAUUCGUCGCGAAAUCAAAAUCUUGGAGAAUCUCAGGGGCGCCGAAAAUAUCAUUUCUCUUUUGGCUGCAGUUAAAGACCCUGUGUCUAGGACUCCAGCUCUUAUUUUUGAAUAUGUUGACAACAAAGACUUCAAGGACUUGUACCAAAAUUUGACGGACUACGACAUUCGGUUCUACAUGUUUGAAUUGCUUCGUGCUCUCGAUGCAUGUCACAGCAUGGGAAUAAUGCACCGUGAUGUCAAACCUCACAACGUUAUGAUUGAUCAUCCAAUGAGAAAGCUCCGCCUCAUUGAUUGGGGUCUCGCCGAAUUUUAUCAUCCUGGUCAGGAGUAUAAUGUUCGUGUUGCAUCUAGGUAUUUCAAAGGUCCAGAGUUGCUUCUGGAUUAUCAGACGUACGACUACUCUCUUGAUCUGUGGUCUCUGGGUUGCAUGUUGGCAAGUAUGAUAUUUAAGAAGGAGCCAUUCUUCCACGGACACGAUAAUUAUGACCAAUUGGUACGGAUUGCAAAGGUGUUGGGCACGGUCGAGUUGUUCGAUUACAUUCGUAAGUAUAAUAUUGAGAUGGAUCCUCGUUUUAAUGACAUUUUGGGAAGACAUGGUCGAAAACGCUGGGAUCGUUUCAUUACGGCUGACUGCGAGCAUUUAGCAACACCGGACGCGAUCGAUUUGCUUGACAAGUUGCUGAGAUAUGAUCACCAUGAGCGUCUUACGGCGAAGGAAGCAAUGGAGCACGAAUACUUUGCCAAUAUUCGAAAAGCUCGUUCCGAGGGUACUGCUGCUGCGGCCAUUGCUGCGAAUAACGGAAGCAAGGAAGGAUGUAAUAAUGUUGGCGAUGUGAACUCAAAAGACGACGCAAACGAUUUGGUGCUAGUAUGCGCCACGGUGGCUCCAUGGCCGUGUCUGGUGCGCGGGUGUGGCGUCUCACGUGGUUGGGAACUGACGUUGAACCGUGUUUUGGAUAUCUGGUCUGAUGAGUCGUUGCGUACUAUCCUGACGACUCCUGUUCUGCUGGGGGAGGCCUCGAGCCUGUCCACAUCCGCUCGGCGGCAGUUGGUGCUCAGGGUUGGUCAGUGUCUCGAAUGUCUGGGGUUGGAUUCGCGGCGGAGAACGUUUGGCCUUUUCAUUGUAACAAAAGGUGCGAUAGAUUUGCGAGAUCACUUGUUCCAAUAUGAUCUUCCUACGGCGCAGGAAGCCGUGGAGCGUGUAUGCUUUGCCAGUGGCGGUCAAAAGUCGGACAAUUAG